AUGAAUGCAGGAGAGAAGCCUGCUAAUUCAAAGGAACCUGCAUCAGUCGCUGUUGAAACACCGCAGACCCGCUUCAAAGUCUCGUCGAAACACCUCACCCUAGCAUCUAAUUACUUCAAGGACCAUCUCAAGAAACGUAUCUCUCCAACUAGCACCUCCGAUGAGCCAGGAUAUGACGAAGUCCAUAUGAUAGACUGCGACCCUGGAGCAUUCCUGAUAGUCAUGAACAUCAUACACGGGCAGGGCCAGCGGAUACCGAAGGAGGUGGACGCAGCGAUGCUUUUGAAAGUUGCUGCUGUGGUUCGCUACCUCGACUGUCGAGAGGCAUGUACGUUUGUCGUCGAACUCUGGAUAAAGCGGUUGCUUGAGGAGAAGAAAGUAGUCUACGACACAUGGGACAACUGCUUGAAAUGGGCUUAUAUCAGCUGGGCUCUCGGAUUCCAUUCCUUGUUUACAAGCUCCACGAGCGCUGCCAUGUCUCGAAGAUGUUUGUCGUCUACAUAUCCUGCCGACCUCAACCUUCCAGAGCGUGUCAAAGACGACAUUACUAAGGGCUGGAGGACUGCAACCGACAAAGCGAAGAGUGUGCUCUCAGCCGAGACUUCACGCCUCAAGGGCGAGACCGUUUAUUGCCAUUUCUGCUGCGACUCUCUUCACCUCGGGGCUAUAAUCAAGGCUACAAGCCAUAUGGAUAGUGCCUCGUUAUGCUCGGUGCAUGAAAGCCUUCAAUCGAAAACGACUCAUUGCACUGCUGGCAAGCCACGCUGUGUUAAUGCCGCAUCUCUUCUUACACUGAAAUCUGCGCUCGCAAAAGCAUGCACGGGGGAAGGGCUCGGCUUACAAAACUACCCGUUGAGUGACUGA